AUGGCGCUGCUGCAUCAUCGGUGGUACGACGCCGACCUCACCGCGGUGACGGAAAGCGGCAGCAGCCUCCGCGAGACCCGCAUGUCGUGGUCUCACACGGACCCGGCCAUGGAGGAGACAGUGGUGGUUCUGCUGCUUACCGCACAUGCGGCCCUCAAGGAGCCGGCGGACGGCGACGGUACUCUCUACGCGCUUAAGGUCAUCCUCUUCACCACAGCCGCCGCAGACACCCACACCGAACACGUUGCUGGUGCGGAGACAUCAAGGCAAGAGGUGCACAACGCGGUCUUUGAGCUACACGCGCCGUUGGAUGUCUCCGUUGUGAAAGGGACAAGUGGACUUGUCUUCGUCUCAACGCGGCAAUUCUUCUUUCAUGCCACUGCCGGGGGAACGUCACUGGACCGCUUUAUCUUUCUUCCCGUCGAGAAGACGUGGGAGCGGCAGCGUCACGCACUGCAACCGUUACAUGCUGUUGAACCCGUUCGUCGAGUUCUCACAGAGGCGAGUGGCGACAACCAACCGCAACUCCUCCUGGUGGCCAGGACUGGAGCCUCACCAGCGACACCGUCUCCCAGCGGGGACGAUAGCGUGGACCUGCUGGUGGUGGCGUCAAGGCAGGCGAGUGCUGCAAGGAGCUCAAAGGGACGGCUGCGCAUGGCGGCGGCUACAAGUCGAAAAGCCUCCGCCUCGGACUCGCAGACUGCACCAUUGUACACCUUCGUGUUGGUGAUGCUGCGGUGUACCGUUCAUGCAGAGCGGGUGGCGGGAGCAAAAUGGGAGUUGUUACACUUGUUUGUGGACCGUGAAGUGCCCUUUCGGCAGCAACGGUGCAUUGGUGAGGUGGAGGCGUGGGCCACUGGUGAUAUGCGAUCUGGCGACAAUGCGAUUUGUCCGGGGCAAUGCACUUGGUGCUACGUGCAUUCUCCAAAUGUUGUGGCUGAGGAAGGAGGAAAGCAUGCAAACGAGGAGGUUACGGGAACGAGCAGGAUAGGUGGCAUUGUUGUUGCCCUUGUACCACAACCAUCCAGUGUGGUUGCUGUGGUUUGCGCCGGAUUUGAUGCGGAGAGUCAGGCCUAUCGUCUUGGUUUUGUGGCCACUCCGACCACCGGGAGUAGCAGUGUGCUGCAGCAUUCCGUAGAGGACACUGAGAGCCCUGAAGAGACGCUCUGGAGUCUUUCAGAGGACACCCACACGGUGCAGAUGAUGCUUGUGGGUGCACCAACGGUUUCCUUGCGUGGGUCAGAGGUGGACACCAGGAGAACCACACCACGCCGCCUGGACCAACACGUCCGUGGAGGCAGAAGUAAUUAUGGUACCAGCCGUACUACUAGUGGUGGGGAUUGGAUGCGGCAGGCAGGCUUGUCCAGCGUGCUGCAAUUCUUCGUGGACUUUCUUGAUGACGGAAUUCGUGGAGUCUCUGCUGGCCCUAAGGUUGUUAACCAAGGCGCUCAGGGUUUGUAUUUUGUUUCGAGCGCACCAUGGUCAACGAUUCGGCACGGUCGCUUUCCCAUACCACGCAGUGUCUGCUGGAUGGACACAGCACCGCUGCCCAUUGGAAAGGCGCUUACCUCCAUGGUCUUGUUUCCUGCCAGCGAUGGUGCGGAAAAAGGCUACAGCGACAUGGCAGUCAUGGGUCCCACCAUGGGUGAUGAAGAUGCCACCUCGUGGUGCCACAUGCUGCCCACCUCCAUUGCAUCCUCGCUCCCUGUGGCAUCUAGAAAUGGGGCGCUUCGCUGCUUCCUUGGCGUCAAUGUGCUGUUAAAGAAGACACGUCUGACGUAUGUAGUUGAAAUAAACGCAGUGACACAGGCGUCCGCUGAUCAGAGGGAAAAUCACCCCACUGCGUGGCUGUACACACAGCCGCAACGUGGGAGGGAUGCUCCUGAUGAAAACACUGAGGAAGAGGAGGAGGAGGAGGAAAGACUGGCGAGGUGUCUUGCUCGCUAUGCCGCCAUGCAAAGCACUGGUCCAUCAACAGUGGAUGGCCUCCGUACGACAGUGUUGCAGGACGCUCUGUUCAACAGCACGGUUCCCGAGGCUGUGCUGUAUGAGGCAUGGCGAAGCGUGGCGAUGGGACGCUGUGCCGCUGCAACCAUGUCCGUUUGUGAGAAUGUUGCACGCUGUACGGAGGUGGAUCUUACUCAGGAAGUGUGUGAUUUGGCUAACAGGCUUCGACGUUUUCUCCUGACUCUUCUCGUGGAACUGGAUUGGAUGACGCACGCCGACAACGAACUCCUUCGCGAGGUUACGUUGCUCCUGCUAGGGGCUGUCGACACAGGAAAGACAUCUCCGGACCGUCGCGAGCCGUCAUUGCGCGAUAGUACUUUGUUUGUUCCCCAUCUUACUCCAAACGAACGGUGCACCAUGCAUUGGCUGCUACACCACAGUGAGCUGUGGCCACCGCUGGCAGCAAUGCUCUUUGCUUGGGUGAAUCAGGGCAGAAGCCGUGAUGAAGACGAAACAGAAAUUCUUCUCGAGGAUGUCAUUCAAACGUGGGAGGAGAUAGAUGCGUGUAAAACCGACAGGUGCUGUGCGUUUGAGGAUCUCUUAAGCCGUCUGCGUGCGUCGCAGGACGCCUUCAAAUAUCAAAAUGCCCUGGUGAUUCUCUUACGCGGUAAUCUCUCCCUGCAUGAGACUGCCUCGCUUGCGGUAUGGAACAAUGUCGCUUUGCGAGAUCCUUCGAUCCUUUUUUUGCAGCUUCUCUUGGAGGUGGCUGUGGCGUGUAAGGAUGCCACCGCCGCAGAAGCCUCCAUCUCCAGCCUGGAUUUAAGUCAAAUCGUGAUGUCUGUCGUGCAGGCACGGUUUCUGUCCGCUGACACGCUUGCAGCACUUCUGCAACUCAUGCAUGAGUGGAACUUCAGCUCCCUUGAGGAUUGGCCGCUUGCCACGAUGUCGGGUGGCUUGCCGGUGGUGUAUCUUAUUUGUCACCUUAGCACCGCUGAUGGCAGCGAGGCGGCGCGUGAGUCACACCGUCCCAUUGCACAGGCGGCGCAGGUGCUGCUUUGGUUAUGUGGGGAUUGUGUGGAACGGGCGGCGGUGGUGCUGAACGCGUUGUCUGCUGCGAGGGUCCCGCUCCUGGCGCUCUGUUUUGCGGAGGGUGACGGACAACAUCACUUUGGGGUGCCUGAGGUCCCACUUAACGGCAGUGGUUUUGUAAGUGGCGUUGGCGGCAACACCAGUCGGGCGCUGCAUCAUAUUUUGGCGUGCUCCACGGUAUCUGUCUUGACAGGCGCCCUCGCCGAGCCUGGCGGCCGCGGUCCUACCGGUGACACCAGCAGUGAGGCGUUUGCCUGCCUCUUAUGGACGCUUGUGCUGGAAGGUGAUGAGGCGGCCGCCUUCAAUCCCUCUCUUUUGCAGAAGCUUCAUCAGGCACUAGUUGCCAGCCACAGCGUAACGCAGUCUAAGAAAGUUUCCAGUGCCACACUGUUGGACUUUCUUCGGCCUGUCUUUCUUUCAACCCUUCCGCGCCUAUUUGCUGCGGUGGUAAAUCAACACGAAACGGUGGGGGGCGCACUCGCAGCCACUGUGGCGUCGCUGACGGCAUCAGGCGUUACUGCACUGGGACCACCGCUGGGCGAGACGGAGAGCAUUCAGCAUGUCUGGCUGGCGACGCUGCGGGAGUUGGGGCGGCUGCUUCAGUUGCAUGUCGAAGACAGUCGUGAGGUUCGAUGUCUCUCACUGCUUUUCAAAGCCUUUGAGGCGUCGUCCGCCACGCUGCUGGCAGAAUCUCGCGGCGAGAGUAAGGCGUCAAACGCUGAUCUUUUUUUCACUUUUUCCCCCGCAGAAAUGUUUUUUUUGUCGCUGCAGAUACUCUCCAAUGAGCCGGCCCGCUUUGUGAUUGCCGCAGAGGUUAUGCGGCGACGUCUUGGUCCGUAUCUUCUGCAUGAAAUGGAGAUGGCGAUACGACGUGCCGGCGAGGUUGCGCUGGGGAUAGACACCGUCGGGGCCGCUGAGGCUUCCAACACAGAGGUGCUGUGGUGGGACAGCAAAGCGUACUUGAACAACGUGGCGGAGAACCUUGCACUAGUCAUCGCUGCCUUUGAAAACACAGCACCGCUCUACGCCCACGCGCUGCUGCUUCUCUUCCUGGACGAGUCUCUGACCGUGAUGGCGGACGCUGCACAACGACUAGGAGGAGCGGACGGGGCUAGGACGCUUUCUAUGAAGGUGCAGAGUGAAAUGCUGCAAUGCACUCGUCACGUGGCGCUCUCCCGCUGGGCGAAGCUGCAUCUGCAGGAGAAGAAACUUAUUGCCCGCGUGCUCUCACGUCACCUCUCUCUUCCUGACCAGGAGCAGGCUGAGGGGGAUCUAUACCAGGAGAACGAUGUCCAUCACCGCGUUGUCGCAGAUAUGGCCCGUAUGAAAGAGGCCUUGCAGCAGAGGACUAUAAAUGCGGCCUUGUUGAGGGCCGUUAGAAGGAAUGCCUGCCGAGUUUUGCCAGGUGUACAGAGCACAAUCCAUAGUGAGGCCCAGAAUGAUGGGGGAGACGAAACUUGGAUCUCUUUGGAAGACAUCACACUUCUUCUUAAGGAAGAGAUUUAUGUACGGCAGUGUUUACAGCGACAGUUAAUGCGGGCACAUGACGCCUUUGUCAGUAGUGACGUCUUCCGUGGUGUGCUGGGGACGUUGUAUUUGGCGCUGCGGGAGGAGCAGCGUCGGCGUGUGUUUGUUGUCUUUGUGCGUGAACAGCAUGACAUUAUCUUGACUUUUGCGUCUGCUGCACUCGUGGUGAUGAAUGAGGCAUGUCGACGGGGGGGGCGUGUGCUGCAGCGGAAUGCGCUGGAGCAUUUUCAACGUCAGAUUCGCUAUCUUUUUAUGCAGGAACGUGAGUCACGGUCUGCAGUGGAGGCUGUCUGUGUUGUGGAGCGUAAGCUACUCUUUGAUCUCUCAAGCCAGCAGUGUGCCAUGUCCGACGCUGAGAGCACAAUGCGCCUUCGCCUAGUGGAGGUGGAGGAGGUGCGGCGUGAUGCCUGCUACGAGCUCUUUGCGAAGGAGGAGAUGGCGGCGCAGCGGCGGUGCGAAGCAAGGCUGGAGGAGGAGGCGUGGCGCGAGGAGGAGGCGCAGUGGGCGCUGGAGCUGCAAAGACGUCAAGCAGACGAGGACGGGGCCGGGGGCGGGGAGGCGGAGGCUGCCGCGGCGAUGCGGAAACCGCCAAACGCCUACCUGCGGUGGAAGCAGCAGCAACUCGCCGCGGCGGAGGCGAAGUCACCGGCGGUUUUGCCGCAGCCGUCGUCUUCGUCUUCGUCGCGCGGCGCGGUACCGGUGCUGCCUGUUGCGGCAUUGCCGCCCGCAAGUGCACUGGCCCCACUUCUCCUAACGGGCGAUACCCCAGCGACAUCUGCAGAGGAUGUCGGGCACCGCGCACUGUUGGACGCCUCCGAAUCUAUUUUUACUGCCUUUUCACGACUGCAGAAGCAAAUUAUAUCCACCGUGGCCCCACCACCUGCCACGAGCGUCAAAAAUAAUGCCUCCGCCGCACUGGUCACAGCCAUUGUUCCUGUACAACAGGAACGAAAUCCGACAGAAGGAGGGCGAACAGAAAUCUGCAUGGGAAAUGUAUCCAAGGCAUCUCCUACGUUGCCGUCAUACGUUUUGCAGAUGUCUUCACCCAUCACAGUGAGGGAGGAGGAGUGGGAAGACGCAGUUGAGGAUGCCUUGCCUUCCUCAACCCAAGCUGGAAACGCAGAUCACAUGGUGAAAAAAGAUCAGGACACCCUGGAUGUGCCUCCAAAGGCCCACGAUGAUAACAGCAGACGACUUCGGCAGCGAGCAUUGGCAGCGACGGGUAAACGGCGUGCCCCACGACAACGGCGUCUUGGCGAGGUGGUCUGCCUAGAUAAAACGUCUGAGAAAACGGCGGAGGUGGGGAUUGCGCGCGAUGAAGCGAAACUGCAUGAAAAGAAACCAGAGCCGCCGGGAGCCAGCAGCGUUGUCAGGGGAGACGCUGCACUGUGCGCCGUGGCGGGGAAGGAGGUGUCGCCGUCGGUGGAGAAAGCCAAGCCGGCUUCUGCAUCUGUUGGUCCGCCCGACAUCGAUCAAACUCAGGAAACGCAAACGUGUGAUGCCCCUGCAGAAGGCGACGACGUCCGUACGAUGAAGUUGAAUGCUGAGAUGCCGGGUACGUUGAAGGGGGCGGAGGAAGAGGAAGGUCAAGAAGAAGCAGUCACACUGGCCCUGUGCUUCGAGUCGUCAUUGGCUCUACAGACAGAGGAGGGUGCAACUCGUUAUGCGCUCGGCGGGGAAGAGCGAGUGGCACGAGCCUUUUUAUUCCGCUACUUUGCCCUGGAGGCGUAG